AAGGCCUGCAGACAGACAUCUCUGAGUGUUGGUGUGUUUGUUGAGAAGUUACCAUGUUCCUGCGCAGGGUUGCCUUGGCUGGUGGAGCAGCACUUUUUGCUGCAACAGUUUUGAACCACAAUGGGGAAGCCUCAAGCGUAAGUGCUGUGUCAUGGCCACCAGCCUUCACCAGGAGCUGGGACCACAACUGGGACCGACGUGAACCAAUGUCUCUGAUCAAUCUAAAUGACCUGAAAGGAAAUAGGGUUGACUUGCAAAACCAACUAAAAAAAUAUAAAGCAAAGGCCAGGCGUCAUAUUUUCCUUGUUCGCCAUGGACAGUACAAUGUGAAUGGUGAAACGGACUCUGAAAAAGUCCUAACGCAACUUGGUCGUGAGCAGGCUAAUUUAACUGGUCAGCGCCUUGCUAAUUUGGGUUUCACGUACAAUGGGCUGACCUACUCUACAAUGCAAAGGGCCAAAGAGACAUCAGAAAUAAUUGGCCAGCAUCUGGAUGGUGUGACACGUAUUGGUUCUGACUUGCUAAGAGAAGGGGCUCCCAUUAGACCAGAUCCACCAAGCAAGCACUGGAAACCAGAUGCUGUGUAUUUUGAUGAUGGACCACGUAUAGAAUCUGCUUUUAGAAGCUUUAUUCACCGUGCGGACUAUGAACAGAAGGAUGAAAGCUAUGAGAUCAUAGUCUGCCAUGAUAAUGUUAUCCGCUAUAUUGUAUGCAGGGCUCUUCAGGUGCCUCCUGAAGCUUGGCUACGCAUGGAUCUAAAUCAUGGCAGCAUCACUGAACUUGUGAUUCACCACAAUGGUCGUGUAACUCUAAGAAUGCUUGGCGAUGCCGGCUAUAUGCCUGCUUCAAAACUCAGCAGCUAAACUAUGACAGAUUUAUGCAAACCCAAUUGGCAUUCAGGAUCAAUACAACUGCAUCCCAACUAUAGGAAAUGCUUUAUGCAAGAUACUGUAA